CUGAGGUCUGUCUCUCGUCAGGUUCCAGUGCUAUCUCAAGCAGUCUGCUUUUUUACAACUAAAUCGUGGACGGCUCGUAACUUUUUUUUGCAAAUAUCUGAACUUGCUCACGGGUUUGUACAUUUGAAGCAUGUAACGUUUGUUUGAAUAACAGUGCCAAUGGGUAUACUAUAAACUGUACGAGAAUAAUAAAUAUCUGAAGCUCACGAAUCGCUGAAAAAUGGCCAGCAAGCCAGAAGGUCUGACGGAUGAUGAAUUCCAUCGGAUGCAGCUUCAGUUGAUUGAAUUGAGAACAACAAACUACACUUUAGAGGACCAAUGCAAGAGGAAAGACAGAGAAUUACAAGAACUGAAGACCCGUGUUGCAGAACUUGACAAAGAUCUACAAAAAGCCAAUAAGGCCAUAAGUAAGAGUAAAAAGGCAAAGGAAGUAGAGCUUCUUGUUCAAGAAAAUGACAUUCUUCAAGGAAAACUUCACAGCCAGGAGGAAGACUUCCGGCUACAAAAUACCACCCUGAUGCAGGAAUUGGGAAUGUUAGUGUCAACAAAUGAAAAACUGGAGAAAGAACUCCAGAGCCUCCAGGGAAAUGAGGCGGAGAAAGAAAAAUGUGUGAAGAGUGAAGAAGUCAGCGGGGAGGUUUUGGAGCUACAGAAUGAAAUCAGACGUCUUCAGGCUCAGAAUGCAGCGCUGCAGAAAAAUCUUAUUUCUGACCAAGAGAAAUAUAAGAAAGAGAUUUCAGACUUGAAGCAGUUGACUUGUCAGAGGUCAAUGCAGGACGUUGACCUUGGUGACCUUGGAGACCUUGGCACUGUAAACAACACACAUGAUUCUUGUGAUGGGUCUGUAGAAGCAGCUAUAGGUGGUGACACUGCUGCUAGCCCCACCAAUCCCCCAGAUGUCUUGCCUCAAAAGUCUGCUCCAUCUGUGGAUGUGGAGUCCCACAAAUUAGAAGAAUACAUUCAAGAAAAUAGCAGUCUGAGACUAAGUUUAGACACAGAAAAAGAAGAAAACAAUAUGCUGAAACAACAGUUGGAAGAACUAGAGAAGUCUAGGUUGGAUCAGGUCAACAGUUUACAAGAAGAGGUAGACAAGAUGCAAGAAAAAUUAAAAAAGAAGCAAGAAAGUUUUUGUAAACUCCAGGAAGAGAAAGAGGUUCAUUUCAGAGAGACAAGUCAGAAGAUAGAUGAACUUCAGGCCAGUAAAGAGAGAGACAACAAAUACUUCAGAGAUCACAUUGCCAAACUCAAGGAAGAACUGGAGAAGAUGAAAGAGGUGCUAGAAGAACAAAAAUCCCAAUCCAGUCAAACCAUAACAGAGCUGCAAGAAACAGUUUCCUCUCUUCAGAGUCAGGUCAAUUCCUCCAGUGAGGAGCAGCUUCACCAGUUAGAGGCCCAGACCAGCAAGUUCCAACAGGAGAUUUCAGAGCUGCAGAAAUCUAUAACAGCUCUACAGCAGGAGAAGGAGGAUGUCUGUAAACAACUUGAGGAGAGUCAGAAAGAGAAAGAAACCCUGGGGCAGAAGCUUAGUGACACUGAGACUGAGAGAGAUACCCAAAACCAGGCUCUUCAAGAGGCUAGCAAAAUAGCAGAGAAGAGGAAGCAGCUGCUGGAUGAGUUGGCCAUCAAAUACCAGGCGGAGAGUGAGAAACACAGGGAGGAGGUGGGACGUCUUCAGGACAGCCACCAGGUGGAGCUGUCACAGCUAGCUACACAGUUGACAGAGGAGAAGACUAAAGUGUCUCAACUGGAAAAGCUUAAACCUGAGGUGGAGCAGCUACGAGAGCAGGUGCAGUCCCUGGACAACACAAAAGGAUGGCUGGAGCGACGGCUUCAGGAAGUAGAGGAAGAAUUAGAUGCAACAAAGGUCAACUAUGAAUCUCAGUUAGAAACAAGCAGUCACGAGCAUGCGAACACAGUAGAGAGUCUGAGGCAGAGUCAGGCAGCCAUCCAGCAGGAACUGGAGGACAAGAUACAGACAUUGACUGAAGAACAACAAGAGCAGAAUAUUUCCAUUGACAAUCUGAAACAGCAAAUCAAGGAUAAAGAGGAAGAGAUGAGAAUUCAUGAGAAAAAGGGCGCCUCAACACUGAAAGAUUUUAAAAGACAACUGCACGCAGAAAGAAAAAGGGGUGAAAAGUUACAAGAAAGGCUGCAGAAGUUAGUGUCUGAAAGUAAAGGAGGGAGACAAGCUGCAGAAGAGUUGUUGAUGGGUAAAGAUCCAGAGUCAAGACACAAAGGAGACAAUGGCUCAAUAUCUUCAUGGAGUGGCAUAAGUGGCAACAAGGAUACGUUAAGUAAUUCCAAUUACAGCGCGUCUCAGUCCCCAGAUGAAGGCAGUGUGUCCAGUCCCAUGUCCCUGACCCAGGAGAACAAUGACCUGUUGUGCAGGGUGGCAGAGCUACAGCAGCAGAACUGGAACCUGCAGGAACAGGUCAACAUGCUGGAAUCUAGUAACGCAGCCAUGGCGGAAGACCUCAUCCAGAAGACGGCUGUCAUUGACCACUAUGUCAAGGAAGGAAGACCAGAAUAUGUCCACACUCCAAAAGAUGAGAAACUAACACUGAACCGUGUGGUUGACUUUGUGAAGAACAAAGGGGACGAGAACCUUAAGGAGACCAAUAGAAAGCUGCAGAGGAUGGUAGAGGAAACGCUGACCAAGAACAUGCAUUUGCAAGAGGACAUAGAAAAACUUUCCCAGGAACUUCAUCGUGUGCAACAGCAGCAGCCCGAGGCCACCAGUACCCCGCUGCCAUCACCUUGCAAGAAAACAGACCAAUGAGAUCACAGAUGGAAAAGAAACAAUGUAUUUUAAUAAAAAUAACUUUGUAUCUAUAACUAAAAUCAAACU